AUGGCCCAGUUUGUCCAUAACCUCGCGGAGAAGGCCCCAGCGCUGUUCAACGCUGCUGUGACUUACUCGAAGCCUCGAUUGGCCACAUUUUGGCACUACACCAAGGUUAAGCUGGUUCCUCCAACCUCUGCUGCGAUCCCUACAGCUAUUCAGAGCUUGAAAAAAAUUAUCAAUAGUGCUCAAACUGGUAGCUUCAAACAGCUCACAGUUAAGGAAGCUCUACUGAAUGGCUUGGUGGCCACUGAGGUGUGGAUGUGGUUUUAUGUUGGCGAGAUCAUAGGCAAGCGUGGCAUCAUUGGCUAUGGUGUUUGAAGACCAAUCUU